AUGAAUAUUGCAUGUGAUAAUGAAUGUACAUCGGGAUUAUUGGAUGAUAUUCAUUUGGAGAACAAUUUUGGUGAUGGUGAUUUCUACGAUUCCAGUAUAGCAUUUGAUAUUCAUCCGAUUUGUAGUGAUGAUUUUUUGUUGAAUGUUGAGGAAACGAUCACUUCAACAGAGAAUUUAAAUAAUUUAAACGAUUUUGUAUAUCUUGAUGGUCUUAAUAAUGGGUCGUUUUCAUGUGCUAGAACUUUGAAUUGGACGAAAAAUAGUCGCACCAAUACACAUAAAGCUGUUUCUCCUAUCAAAAAUGAUUUUGGAAAUGCUAAACAACUUGAUAUAGAUGAGUAUGCCGAUAUUCAAGAUUUUGUAUCUCGGAAAUUAGAUGUUCAUCGAAUAGAAUCACGUGGAAAUAUACCGAGUUUCAAAUCAUGUGGUCCAUGGAAGCAGAGGCGCGUUCAAAUCAAAACCAUUGGCGGUGAAUAUGAAGCGAAUGUUUGGGUUGCUGGUAAUCCACAUGGAAGAGCAAAUGUUUUGUCGUCUACAAUUGUAAAAAGUCAAAAGUCGUGCAAUGGAUCUUUGUUUCAUUGGGAUUUGAUCGAUUUAGAAGCAAACCACUCAAUGAAAGAAAUGCUGUCAAAAAUUCGUGAACCAAAUCUGACAUUGGCUGAAACUAAUAUAUCGAACAAUGAAACUCCUGUUAUCUCAAAUAGCGAGUUAAAUCUUGGUUUAAUUCGCUUCAGUCGUUCUUCUGAUCUAAUGCGAACUACAGAUAAAAAUGUUGAUGAUAAGCAUAAUGCUAAAAUUGAUCGUGAGAAAUUUCAAAAGGCUUCGAAUCGUUUAUGUGAAUUCAAGUUUUCAAAAAAUCGGCGAUCAAAUCCACAGAGAGUGGCGAAGUCAGUUCGAAUGAUAAAGUUACAUCGAGUUCAGGACAAUUUUUCCAGUGUCGAAAAGUCAUCUUUGAAGAAAGUUCCGUGUCCAUUUGAGAACUGCAACAAGCUGUUUAAAAAUUGUGCAGCUCUUCGAAAACACGUUAUAUUUCACAGACCUCCUUCUCAUGUUUGUCUUGACUGUGGUCGCGCGUUUGUCGAAAGAUCAAAAUUACGUCGUCACCAAUUAGUUCAUACAGGAGAAAAGCCUUUUCAGUGCAAUUUUGAAGGAUGUGGCAAACGAUUUUCACUUGAUUUUAACCUUAAAACGCAUCAACGAUUACAUUUUGGUGACAAGCCAUAUUUGUGUUCACACUGCGAGAAGACAUUUGCUCAGUCAACAAAUCUUAAGUCUCAUUUAAAAACACAUGCAAAAAGGAAAAGGUUUGGACUUGAUUUUAGGAGAGUUUCCUGA